UUAUCUAUCUCCCCUGUUCUCCUCCAUCUUCUAAACCUAAAACCCUAAACUAAAGUCUAAACCUAAAACCCUAAACUAAAGAAAGCAGCCGUCCUCCUCCUCUUGUCUAUCUCCCCUCUUCUCCUCCUCCAUCUUCUAAACCUAAAAUAAUAAACAGCCGACUGACAGAUCUUCUUUCUUUCAUUCUACGAUUCAUUCAGCAGGGAGGGAAGGUAAGGUAAGGUUCGGUUCAAUCAGCAGCAGGACAUGGGUAAACCUUCCAAAAAAUCCUUUAACAAGAAACCGGAAGACAAGCUUAAGACAUUUCAAAAACCAUCUAAAAAGUCAUUUAAGCCGCCUCCGAAAGUAAAUAACGCAUCGAAAGAUUCUUUAUCGAUUCAGCUUGAAGAUGAUGCCCCUGACUUCCCCAGAGGUGGACAGAGUUCGCUCAGUAGGGCAGAGGUUGAUAAAGUUCGCGCAGAUGUCGACAAAGAGUUUGAAAAAGAGAAUAUAGUUUUGAAGAAAACGAAGAAAGAUCGAAAGAAAAACUUGACUCGAUCAACUGACGAUGACUUGGGUUCGCUUUUUGCUGAUGGGAAUAGUGGGAAAAUACCUAGGUUUGCUAAUAAGAUCACUUUGAAGAAUGUUACUCCUGGAAUGAAGCUGUGGGGUGUAAUAUCCGAAGUGAACGAGAAAGAUCUCGUAGUUAGUCUUCCAGGAGGCCUUCGCGGUUUAGUUCGUGCUUCCGAAGCAAUAGAUCCUCUGUUACAUGAGGACAUGAAAGCGGGCACAGAAGGCGAUGUUCUUUCUGCUGUAUAUACGGUUGGUCAACUGGUUUCAUGCAUAGUACUUCAAGUAGACGGUGACAAGAAAGAAAAAGGGAUGCACCGGAUUUGGCUCUCUCUUCGUCUCGCUUUGUUGCAUAGUAGUUUCUCUUUGGACGUUCUUCAAGAAGGAAUGGUAAUUAGUGCAUACGUGAAAAGCAUUGAAGACCAUGGUUACAUGCUUCAUUUCGGAGUAACUUCAUUUACUGGUUUUAUGCAAAAAAGCAGCAAAGAUUCUAAGAUGGUUGUUGUUGGGAAACUUGUUCAAGGAGUUGUAAAGAGCAUUGAUAAAAUUCGUAAAGUUGUUAACCUUAGUUCCGAUUCUGAUGAGGUGGCCAAAUGUGUGACAAAGGAUCUUAAAGGCAUUCCGUUUAAUCUGCUUGUUCCUGGUAUGAUGGUUAACGCAAGCGUGCGCUCAACCCUCGAAAAUGGCAUCAUGCUUUCCUUUCUUACCUUCUUUACCGGAACUGUUGAUAUAUUUCAUUUGGGUAAAACUCUUCCCGGUUCAAAGUGGAAAGACGAGUACACUCAAAACAAGAAGGUCAAUGCUCGGAUUCUAUUCGUCGAUCCAUCAACCAGGGCUGUCGGUUUGACCCUGAAUCCCCACCUUGUUCAAAAUAACGCUCCCCCCUCACUUGUUAAAGUUGGAGAUAUAUUUGACGACUCAAAAGUGGUUCGAGUUGAUAAAGGAUUGGGACUGCUUUUGGAAAUCCCGUCUGCUCCUAUUCCAACUCCAGCAUAUGUUAAUGUGUCGGAUUUAUCUGACAAAGAGGUCAAAAAAUGGGAAAAAAGCUUCAAGGAAGGAAGCCUUGUUCGUGUGAGAGUUUCUGGUUUUCGGUCUCUGGAGGGUCUUGCCACUGGUGUUUUAAAGACUAGUGCAUUUGAGGGCUCGGUUUUUACUCACUCUGAUGUCAGACCGGGAAUGGUGGUCAAAGCUAAAGUUAUAAUCGUUGAUAGUUUUGGUGCGAUUGUGCAAUUUGCUAGUGGUGUGAAGGCGCUCUGCCCUCUUCGUCAUAUGUCAGAGUUUGAAAUUGUAAAACCUAGAAAGAAGUUUCAGGUUGGUGCAGAAUUAGUCUUCCGUGUGCUUGGUUGCAAGUCUAAAAGAAUUACUGUCACACACAAGAAGACACUUGUAAAGUCAAAGCUUACGGUUCUCAGUUCAUAUAACGACGCAACCGAAGGAUUAUCUACUCAUGGAUGGAUAACAAAAGUUGAACCUCAUGGUUGUUUUGUUCGGUUUUACAAUGGUGUGCAAGGAUUUGCUCCGAGAGCUGAGCUUGGACUAGAUCCAGGAUCCGAUGUGAGCUCAAUGUAUCACGUUGAGCAAGUUGUCAAGUGCAGAGUUACAAGUUCAGUUCCCGCUAUAAAGAGGAUCAGCCUUAGUUUCUUAGCCACUCCUGCAAGGACACCUGAAGAUUUUGAAGUCAAACUUGGGAGUCUUGUAUCGGGCACCGUUGAACGGGUAACUCCUAAUGCUAUAAUAGUUGAUGUUGGUAUUAAGGGUUACAACGGAAUCAUUACUCCGGAACAUCUGGCAGAUAACCAUGGGCUUGCUACUAUAAUGAAGUCGGUAUUGAAGCCGGGGUACAAGUUUGAAAAGCUCUUGGUUUUAGAUCUCGAGAACCACAACUUGAUUUUAACUGCCAAAUAUUCUAUUGUUAAUGCGGCUGAGCCACUGCCCGCUGAUGCCAGUCAGGUUCAUUCGCCUGCAGUGGUUCCUGGCUAUAUCUGUAAUAUCAUUGACACCGGUUGCUUUGUGCGCUUCAUCGGCCGCCUAACUGGUUUUGCUCCUAAAAACCGGGCUGUUGAUGACCACAGAGUUGAUCUUUCUGAAUCCUUUUUUAUCGGGCAGUCUGUUCGUAGUAACGUACAAGAGGUUAAAAAGGAAAGUGAUAGGAUAACACUAUCCUUGAAGCAAUCGUUAUGCUCUUCAACAGACGCAUCUUUUAUCCAGGAAUACUUUAUCUUGGAGGAAAAGAUUGCUAAGCUGCUUCACUCUGGUAACAAGUCUUCUAGUUUGAAAUGGGUGAAAGACUCCCCGAUUGGUAAUGUGAUUGAGGGCACGGUCCACGAAGUAAAAGAAUCUGGAGUUGUUAUCAGCUUUCCGAAAUAUAAUGACGUGUUCGGGUUUAUCACACAUCACCAAUGUGGUGGAUCAACCGUGGAUAUCGGUUCAACUGUUAAAGCCGCAGUUCUCGAUUUAGCAAAGAUGGAUCGUCUUGUAGAUCUGUCCCUAAAGGCAGAGUUUGUUAACAGAUACACAGAGAACACCGGUUCCAAAACUCCCAAAAAGAUGCGCAAAAGGUCAGCACACAAGGACUUGGAGGUGAACCAAAUCGUAGAUGCAGUGGUCGAAAUUGUGAAGGAGAAUUAUUUGGUUCUUUCGAUACCGGAUGCUAACUACGCACUGGGAUAUGCAUCUAUAUAUGAUUAUAACACUCAAGCAUUCCCACCGAAACAAUUUGUCAAUGGACAAAGGGUGAGUGCAUCUGUUAAGGCUCUUCCAGAUUCUUCAACCGCAGAUCGGUUACUGUUGUUGCUUGAGGCCGGAGACACUUCCAGUGCAAAGCGGGCAAAAAAGAAGUCUAGCUAUGAUGUCGGAACUUCCGUUCAAGCAGAGAUUACUGAAAUAAAACCGUUAGAGCUUAAAUUGAAAUUCGGUUCCGGCUUACAUGGGCGGAUACAUAUCACCGAGGCGAGCGAUGGUAAUGUUUCGGAGAACCCGUUUAGUAACUAUAAGAUCGGGCAGGCACUUACAGCAAAGAUCGUGUCUAAAUCUAAAGUCGAAAAAAGUAGUAAUAUUCGGUUCGAGCUGUCCAUCAAACCAUCUGUGCUUGCAGACAAAUCAGUCGCGUGUGCGUCACAAGAUUUCAGCUAUUCAGUUGGUCAAAACGUAACUGGGUUCGUAUACAAAGUUGAUAAGGAUUGGGCAUGGAUAACGAUAACUCGAGAUAUACGGGCCCAGCUAUAUAUUCUCGAUAGUGCAAGUGACCCCGUUGAGCUUCAAGAUUUUCAGAACCGGUAUCCCAUUGGAAAACGAGUAUCCGGAUAUAUUUUAACCACUUACAAAGAUAAACGAUUGUUGCGGGUAAUAUUACAUCCACUAGGUGGUCUGACAGAUGAUAGUGAAACUGUCACGUCUCAUGUCUCUGAAGGUGCGAUUAUCGGUGGCAGAAUAUCUAAAAUUCUGCCAGGUGUCAGUGGCUUGAUUGUGCAAAUCGAUCCACGUCUGUCCGGUAAAGUUCAUUUUACCGAAUUAACAGAUUCGUGGAUAUCGAACCCGUUGUCGGGGUAUCACGAAGGGCAGUUUGUCAAAUGCAAAGUACUCGGCAUCGGUCGUUCUGGAACGGGUUCGGUUCAUGUUGAUCUGUCUUUGCGCUCGUCUGGAAGUAAUCGAUACGAAAAGAUUGAAGAUCUUAAGUCUGAUAUGGUCAUAGAGGGUUAUGUUAAGAACGUAACGCCAAAGGGAUGUUUUAUUAUGCUUUCUAGGAAGCUUGAUGCGAAAAUCCUCAUUUCAAACUUGUCUGACGACUUUGUCUCGAACCUCGAAGAAGAGUUUCCUAUCGGGAAACUUGUAACUGGCAGGGUGCUCUCUUUGGAACCUCUAUCAAAGAGAAUUGAAGUUAGUCUUCGGAAAACAAGUGGUUCGAAAGAAACGAAAGGUGAUGGUGAUUUUAGCAGCCUCCAUGUUGGAGAUAUCGUAUCGGGAAGGGUGAAGCGUGUUGAGUCGUAUGGUUUGUUUAUCACUAUCGAUCAAUCUAAGUCGGUUGGAUUGUGCCAUGUGUCCGAGCUUCCCGAGGAUAAUGUUGACAACCUUGAAACGAAGUACAAAGUUCACGAGUGCGUUAAAGCUAAAGUUUUGAAGAUUGAUGAAGAAAGACGAAGAAUAUCUCUAGGGAUGAAGGCAUCGUAUUUCGAUACCGAUGUUGGAACCGGAACGCCUGCAAAUCAUGGUUCUGAUUCAAUCAACGAGAAUAAUUCCGAAUCAGAUGAGGAAACGCCUUUCGAGGUCCAGGAGCCAUUGAUUCUGCCCGGGAACGGGAAUCAUCCAAUGUUAGCGGAAGUGGAAUCAAGGGCUUCGGUCCUUCCGCUUGACGUUUCGUUGGAUGAAACCGAGGACUCCCCCAUGGAUGAUGUCGGUGCUCAAAGUCCCGAAGCUCUUGAUAAUGUAACGAAAACGAGUGAGAACAAAGUUAAACGCACCAAGAAGAAAGAGAUGGAAGAAAGGGAAAGAGAAAUUAGGGCUGCUGAGGAAAGACUAUUGCAGAAAGACAUACCGAGGACCGCCGAUGACUACGAAAAGUUGACCAGAAGCUCCCCAAAUAGCAGCUUUAUCUGGCUUAAGUACAUGGCGUUUUUACUCUCCUUGAACGAAGUUGACAAGGCUCGAUCAAUCGCCAAUAGGGCUCUGAACACAAUCAACAUGAUAGAAGAGUCGGAGAAGCUAAAUGUUUGGAUUGCUUACUUCAAUUUAGAAAAUGAAUUUGGAAACCCCCCAGAGGAGGCUGUUGUAAAAGUAUUUCAAAGAGCAUUGCAGGUGUGUGACCCUAAAAAAAUACAUUUUGCACUGCUAGGGAUGUACGAGAGGACCGAUCAAAAUAAAUUGGCAGACGAGCUUCUUGAAAAGAUGAUCAGAAAGUUUAAGCAUUCAUGCAAGGUCUGGUUAAGGCGGAUUCAGAGAGUAUUAAAGCAAAAUGAGGAUAUGGUUCAGUCAGUUGUGAAACGUGCUCUCAUAUGUCUUCCAAAACACAAACAUAUUAAGUUCAUCACACAAACAGCAAUAUCGGAGUUCAAGAGUGGAGUUCCGGAUAGAGGAAGGUCGUUGUUUGAAGGAAUGCUUCGUGAGUACCCGAAACGGACAGACUUAUGGAGCGUUUACCUGGACCAAGAGAUCCGGCUUGGUGAUGAGGCUGUGAUUCGUGCUCUAUUCGAGAGAACCAUAUGUCUAGAACUGCCACUCAAGAAAAUUAAGUUUUUGUUUAAAAAGUAUCUUGAAUUUGAAAAGUCGAAAGGAGAUGAAGAAAGAAUUGAAUAUGUAAAGGCAGAGGCGCUUAAAUAUCUUGAGAAAACCCGUUCUUAAACUUGUAAAGGCAGAGGCGCUUAACCCCCGCAAUCCUGAAAAAUCGGUCCAUUGAGUUGUAGUUGGGAGAAGCGUUGCCUUUGAAAUUUUGCAGUUAUACAGAGAGUGAUCAAAAGAUCUACGUAUGAAUUUUAGGAUUUUGAUGACGCGUAGAGUUAUUUAUGCAUUGUAUUUUUGCUUAAAUUUUGGUAAUGUUGUUGCCUAGCAUAUUUUGUUAACUCUGUCUGUCUUUUCUCAUUCAUUUUCUCCAUGUGCAAAA